AUGGCUACGUUAACAACGACCACCGCCCACAGCUCCAUCGCCGCCGCCAAGCCCACCGUAUCCUUCACCACUCCACAAAAUUACGCUACCAGACUGUCUCAUCUCCUUACUCUCAAGUCCUUCACUCCCCUAUGGUGUCCCACCAUCAUUACUGAACCCACGCUGCAAACCCUCUCCUCUCUAGCUCUCCACCUCGCUCCCUCUGCCAUUUCUCCUGUCUCCGCCAUUGUCUUACCUUCUCGCACAGCAAUCACCGCCUUCUCGACCGCCAUACUCUCACUCACAACUCCUCUGCUACCUCCGCUGGGUGACACAUUCAUCAUCGGCGCCCUCGGCAAAGAUGCAGAACUUAUUGACUCUAAAUUUUUGCUUAGUAUUUGUUCUAAUAUUGAUAGGAUUAAGGUUUUAGUUCCUCCAACGGCGACGCCAAACGGGAUGGUGCAAUCUCUCGGGGAUGGACGCGGUCGUAGUGUGAUGUGCCUAGUACCGCGGGUAGUGGGACUGGAGGAGCCUCCGGUUGUUGCAAACUUUCUCCGGGAUCUGCAGACGGCGGGGUGGGCUCCUGUUAGGGUGGAUGCUUACGAGACUCGAUGGCUGGGACCCACCUGCGCGGAGGGAAUAGUGGAAAAGAGUGAGGAGGAGGGAAAUGGAUUGGACGCUAUCGUGUUCACAAGUAGCGCAGAAGUGGAAGGGUUGUUGAAGAGUUUGAGAGAAUUUGGGUGGGAUUGGAGAAUGGUAAGGCGGAGAUGGCCGGAUUUGGUGGUGGCGGCACAUGGGCCGGUCACGGCAGCUGGUGCUGAGAGGCUAAGCGUGGAUGUUGACGUGGUGAGUGGCAGGUUUGAGAGUUUUGCUGGCGUUGUGGAUGCUUUGCAUGGUAGGCUGCGAGGUUAG